CACAAUGAUGUACAGAAAAAGACCUUCACAAAAUGGAUAAAUGCUCGGUUUUCCAAGAGUGGGAAGCCCCCAGUUAAGGAUAUGUUCACAGAUCUGAGAGAUGGAAGGAAGCUCUUGGACCUUUUGGAGGGUCUGAUGGGGAAACCUCUGCCUAAAGAACGAGGUUCCACUCGAGUACAUGCCUUAAAUAAUGUCAACAGAGUACUGCAAGUCUUGCAUCAGAACAACGUGGAGUUGGUGAAUAUUGGAGGAACUGACAUUGUUGAUGGAAAUCCCAAGCUGACGCUGGGACUACUGUGGAGCAUUAUCUUGCACUGGCAGGUGAAGGAUGUCAUGAAGAACAUCAUGUCAGACUUGCAGCAGACCAACAGUGAGAAGAUCCUGCUGAGCUGGGUUCGGCAGUCCACAAGACCUUAUAGUCAGGUCAAUGUUCUGAACUUCACCACAAGCUGGACAGAUGGACUCGCAUUUAAUGCUGUCAUCCACAGACACAAACCUGAACUUUUCAACUGGGAAAAAGUUAUAAAGAUGUCACCGGUUGAAAGACUGGAACAUGCUUUCAGCAUAGCCAAGAACCACUUGGGAAUUGAUAAACUGUUGGAUUCUGAAGAUGUUGCUGUACAGCUUCCAGACAAAAAGUCUAUUAUUAUGUAUUUAACCUCUUUGUUUGAGGUCCUUCCUAAACAAGUCACUAUGGAAGACAUUCGGGAGGUGGAUUUGUCAUCAAUGUCUGCUGUAGCACUUGAAGAGGAGCAGGGCAGUUCUAGAGCAGAGACUCCCAGCACAGUUACAGAGGUGGAUAUGGACUUGGAUAGCUACCAGGUUGCUCUGGAAGAAGUUCUUACAUGGUUGCUGUCAGCUGAGGAUGCAUUUCGGGAACAGGAGGAAAUAUCUGGUGACGUUGAGGAAGUCAAAGAACAAUUUUCCACCCAUGAAGGUUUUAUGAUGGAACUGACUGCGCACCAGAGCAGUGUGGGCAGUGUUCUGCAGGCUGGAAACCAACUGGUGGCCCAGGGAAAUCUGUCACCUGAAGAGGAGUUUGAGAUCCAGGAGCAAAUGCUGCUGCUGAACUCCCGCUGGGAAGAGCUGAGGGUGGAGAGCAUGGACAGGCAGUCCCGCCUGCACGACAUGCUGAUGGAGCUGCAGAAGCAGCAGUUGCAGCAGCUAUCCGACUGGCUGACGGUCACAGAAGAACGCAUUCAGAAGAUGGAAUCUCAGCUCUUAGCGGAAGAUUUGGAGUCCCUUCAGAAACAGCUGGAAGAACAUAAAAGCCUGCAGAAUGACCUAGAGACAGAACAGGUGAAGGUAAACUGCCUAACGCACAUGGUGGUCAUUGUUGAUGAAAGCAGUGGGGAAAAUGCAACAGCUAUUCUUGAGGAACAAUUGCAGAGGCUUGGUGAGCGGUGGACAGCAGUUUGUCGUUGGACUGAGGAACGACGGGUCAAGUUGCAAGAAAUUCAGCUUUUAUGGCAGGAGCUGCUGGAAGAGCAGUGCUUAUUGAAAGCUUGGUUAACUGAGAAAGAAGAGGCUUUGAGUAAGGUCCAGACAAGCAACUUCAAAGAUCAGACAGACCUGAGUGUGAAUGUUCGAAAACUAGCAAUUUUGAAAGAGGACAUGGGUAUGAAACGGCAAACACUAGACCAGCUGAAUGAGCUAGGUCAGGAUGUGGCCCAAAUUCUUGGAAAUGGCAGAGCAUCCAGUAAAAUAGAUCAGGAUCAAGAAGAACUAACUCAAAGGUGGGACGGUUUGGUUCAGAAGCUGGAGGAUUACUCUAACCAGGUUACUCAAGCUGUAGGAAGCGUAGGGAUGUCGCAGGUUUCACAGAAGACUGCUGCAGCAACAAUGCCAUUGAAGGAACAAGUAGUGGUUAAAGUAUCCAGACAAGAGCUGCCCCCACCACCACCCCCAAAGAAAAGGCAAAUGCCAGGGGACAAUGAAGCAAAGAAAAAGUUUGAUGCUGAAAGUGCUGAGCUCUUGAACUGGAUUUCGAAAUCAAAAUCUGCCAUUCAGGCCACGGACAUCAAAGAGUACAAGAAGAUGAGAGAGACUUCAAACAUGAAAGAAAAGUUGAAGGUGAUUGAAAAAGAAAGAGUUGAAAAAAGCCGAAAGUUAGAUGAACUGAAGCGAAAUGGACAUAUUCUUUUGGAUCAAAUGGGAAAGGAAGGGCUUUCUACAGUGGAUAUAAAGACUGUGAUGGAGAAAAUAUUGUCAGGAUGGAAAGAUGUGGUUCAACAUCUGGAAGAAGUGGCAAUAAAGAUAAAGUACCAGGAAGGUAUAAAUGCUUAUUUUAAGGAAAUGAGUGAGCUUGAGAAGACUGUAAUUGAGAAGGAUGCCUGGCUUAAAAAUGACACUGCUUCAGCAUCCCAGCCCUCAGCAGUCCUGAAAGAUUUGUGUCAGCGGGAAUUAACUCAUCUUGCAAGCCUGAGUCCACGGUUGGAACACCUGAAAGCCACCUGCAAGAUGCUCACUUCUCAGCCCAUGCCUCCAAACUUCAUUCAGGAGAGCUUGAAUGGUUUUCUUGGUCGCUUCAAGUUGACUCAUCAGAAACUAGAGGAACGUCACCAGCAGCUGAAGAAAGAGGUGGAAAGCCAGCCAAGCCAGGACUACGUGGGCUCCCUGCAGCGGCUGAAGGACGCGCUGAGCGAGCUGGAGUGCAGGCAGCAGUCCCUCGCCAGCGGACUGAGUGACCCCAGUAAGGUUGAACAGGCCCUGCAGCAGGCGAAGGUGGUUUGUGAGACACUGGAAGCCCAGAAGCCCAAGGUAGAUAAACUUGCUGAAGAAACAAAAGCUUUGGAGAAACAUGCUGCUUCUGAUAUAAGAAAAGUCUACACGCAAGAGUUCAAGCAUGUGCAGGGACAUUGGGACAAGUUAAAGCUCAAGAUUUCCAAAGAUAUUAAACUGCUGGAAGAAAUUACAUCCAAGUUGAGAAUAUUUGAGGCUGAUUCAAAAGUUGUUCAGAAGUGGAUGGAUGGUGUGAAAGACUUCUUAAUGACAGAAAAGUCUGUUCAAGGAGAUACUGAAGGACUUCAAAGACAACUUGACCAGUGCAUGACGUUUGUCAAUGAAAUGGAGACUAUUGAACCAUCACUGAAAGAGAUGAAAGAAGUAGAGUCUGCUUUAAGAGCUCAGCCUAUUGCAAGCAUAAAUACUUGGGCAAAGUCUAGGCUAGUAGACUGCCAGACUCAGUGGGAGAAACUGAGCAAACAGAUUGUUAGUCAGAAAAAUCGCCUCUCUGAAAGUCAGGAAAAAGCUGUAAAUCUGAAGAAGGAUUUGGCAGAGAUGCAAGAAUGGAUGACCCAAGCUGAAGAAGAAUAUUUGGAGAAAGAUUUUGAAUACAAGUCCCCUGAAGAGCUAGAGAAUGCAGUGGAGGAAAUGAAGAGAGCGAAGGAGGAUGUGUUGCAGAAGGAGGUGCGGGUGAAGAUUCUCAAAGACAACAUCAAGAUGUUGGCUGCCAAAGUGCCAUCUAGUGGUCAGGACCUGGUGACAGAGCUGAACGUUGUACUGGAGAACUACCAGCUACUGUGCAAUCGGAUCCGAGGGAAAUGCCACACUUUGGAGGAGGUGUGGUCCUGUUGGAUUGAGCUGCUUCAGUAUCUUGAUUUAGAAACGGCUUGGCUAAACAAUCUGGAAGAAAGGGUGCAAAUGACAGAAAAUCUGCCUGAUAAGUUGGAUGCUGUCAAUGAUGCCCUUGAGUCCCUGGAAUCAGUCCUGCGUCAUCCAGCUGAUAAUCGAACCCAGAUUCGGGAGCUUGGGCAGACACUGAUUGAUGGAGGGAUUCUUGAUGAUAUCAUCAGUGAAAAACUGGAGGCUUUCAAUGCCCGCUAUGAGGAAUUGAGUCACUUGGCAGUGAGUCGGCAGAUUGCCUUGGAACAGCAACUUCAGACCAUGCGAGAAACCGACCACAUGUUGCAGGUCUUGCAGGAAAACUUAGUGGAGCUGGAUAGACAGCUGACAUCUUACCUGACUGAUAGGGUAGAUGCCUUUCAGAUGCCCCAGGAGGCCCAGAAAAUUCAAGCUGAGAUUGCAGCUCAUGAAUCCACCUUAGAGGAGCUCAAAAAAAGUGCUCGCUCUUUCGCUGCUCCUGAAUGCAGGUCUCCUCGUGGUGGAACUCAGUUGGAUGCUUUGCAGAGAAAACUCCGUGAAGUAGCUACAAAGUAUCAGCUUUUCCAGAAACCAGCCAAUUUUGAGCAGCGCAUGUUGGAUUGUAAGCGGGUGUUGGAUGGUGUAAAAGCAGAACUUCAUGUCUUGGAUGUGAAGGAUACCGACCCAGAUGUAAUCCAAGCUCAUCUGGACAGGUGCAUGAAACUCUAUAAGACCCUCAGUGAGGUGAAAUUGGAGAUUGAAACUGUCAUCAAGACAGGAAGGCAAAUUGUACAGAAACAACAGACAGAUAAUCCCAAAGGAAUGGAUGAACAACUGACAGCACUGAAAUUUCUUUACAAUGACUUGGGGGCACAGGUGACGGAAGGAAAACAAGACCUCGAAAGAGCGUCCCAGCUGGCACGCAAAAUGAGGAAAGAGGCUGCUUCUUUGUCAGAGUGGCUAACUACCACUGAGGCUGAGCUUGUGCGGAAGUCCACUUCAGAGAGCUCGCUUUCUGAUCUGGAUUCAGAAAUUGCCUGGGCCAAAAAUGUACUGAGAGAGCUGGAGAGGAGGAAAGCUGAUCUGAAGGGCAUCACAGAAAGCUGCACUGCGCUCCAGGCUCUGGUGGAAGGGAGCGAGACUUCCCUGGAGGAGAAGCUGUGUGUCCUUAAUGCUGGCUGGAGCAGAGUUCGGACCUGGACUGAGGACUGGUGUGACACCUUGUUGAAUCAUCAGAGCCAACUGGAAAUUUUUGAUGAAAAUGUUGCCCACAUAAGUACUUGGUUGUAUCAGGCUGAAGCCUUACUGGAUGAAAUUGAGAAAAAGUCAGCAAGCAAAAAGGAGGAAACUGUGAAGCGCUUAACAUCUGAAUUAGAUGAUGUUAGUCUUCGAGUGGAUAAUGUGCGUGAUCAGGCUAUCAUGCUAAUGAAUGGUCGGGGGGUAUCGUGCCAUGAGCUUGUUGAACCCAAACUGACAGAACUGAAUCGUAACUUUGAGAAGGUCUCUCAGCACAUCAAAAGUGCCAAGAUGCUGGUUGGACAAGAACGACUUCCUGUCAUGUCAGAGCCCCGUGAAGUCAGAUUAGCUUUUCCAGACCUGGAAAAAUUAGAGUGUGACAUACAGAAGAUGUUAAAAGUUGUAGAAAAGCAUCUAGAGUUGAGUGGGGAAGAUGAAAAGCUGGACCAAGAAAGAGCUCAGAUUGAAGAAGUUUUACAGAGAGGAGGACAGCUGUUACAGCAGCCUCUGGAGGACCAUAAGAGAGAGAAGAUCCGCAUACAGCUGUUGCUUCUGCAGAAAAAAUACAAUAAUAUUCAGGCAAUCCCUGUCCAGCAGAGGUUAAAAGGCCACUUCGCCACAGGGGUUAGAAGCUUGCCUGUUUCAGCUGAAUACUUGGUUGAAAUCAACAAAAUCUUGCUGGCCAUGGCUGAUGUUGAACUGAUGCUGAAUGCACCAGAGCUGAAUACUGGCAUUUAUGAGGAUUUUUCAUCUCAGGAAGAUGCACUGAAGAACACAAAAGAUAUUUUGGAUAAACUCGGGGAUCAAAUUGCAGUCGUACAUGAGAAGCAGCCGGAUGUUAUAUUAGAAGCAUCUGGACCUGAGGCAAUACAAAUAGGAGAUGCACUAACCCAGUUGAAUGCGGAAUGGGACAGAAUUAAUAGAAUGUACAAUGAUCGUAAAUGUUGCUUUGAUAGAGCGAUUGAAGUGUGGAGGCAGUUCCACUGUGAUCUCAAUGACCUCUCCCACUGGAUAACGGAAGCUGAAGUGUUAUUAGCCGAUGCCCGUGGUCCAGAUGGCAGCCUGGAGCUGCAGAGAGCUGGGCUGCAUCAGCAGGAACUUGAAGAGGGAGUCAGCAGCCAUCAAACCAGUGUUUCAGCAUUGAACAGAACUGGGGAAGGGAUCAUACAGAAACUGUCUGCUACAGAUGGGGGCUUCCUGCAGGAGAAGCUGGCGGGAUUGAACAGGCGCUGGAAAGCAAUCACCAUGGAGGUCAUGGAUAGACAACAGAGGCUAAAAGGAGAGAAUCAGCAGCUAAUAGAGUACAUAAAAAAGGUUGAUGAGCUGCGUUGCUGGCUGGAAAAUGUAGAAAAUGCUCUGGACACAAGAUUUACAUUCAGCCAUGAAGAAAACUUGCGAGAAUUACAGGUCUUAAAUGAAGAGAUGGAAAUACAGGGUGACAAACUGGAAUGGCUGAACAGGACUGAACCUGAAGUGCUUUUGGAUAAAAACGUUGAUCUUCAGGAAAAAGACAAACUUUCCAGUUGCCUACAGUCCCUCAAUAUGAGGUGGAAUAAGGUGUUUAGAGAAGUGCCUGACAGAGUGAGAGAACUGAAGGCAUUUGUUGGGCAGUCUCAUCUUGUUACACAGACAAAGCCUUCUGAUGUCCAAAAGGUGGUGCUAGUUUCUUCUUCAUUGGAAAUUCCUGUUCAGGCUCAGCAGGCUUUGGAACUUUCUGCACCUGCUGAUCUGGAUAAAACUAUAACUGAGCUGGCUGACUGGUUGGUAUUAAUUGACCAGAUGCUCAAGUCAAACAUAGUCACCGUGGGAAAUACUGAAGAGAUCAAUCGGACUAUUGCACGAAUGAAAAUAACAAAGGCAGAUUUGGACCAGCGGCACCCUCAGCUUGAUUCUGUUUUUACAUUGGCUCAGAAUCUGAAAAAUAAAACUUCCAGUUCAGAUAUUAGGACAGUGAUCACAGAAAAAUUGGAGAAGCUGAAGAACCAGUGGGACAAUACUCAUCAUGGCGUGGAGGUACGGCAGCAGCAGCUGAAGUACAUGCUGACAGACUGUGUGCAGUGGGAUGAGCAGAGGCAAGAAAUGGAGCGCCUCAUGGAGCAGUGCGAGAUCCGUCUGCGUAUGCUCCUGCAGGCCCCAAAAGAGAUGCUUACCAAACAGAUUUCAGACAACAAACUGUUAGUACAGGAUUUGCAUAGAGGCGACAUAACAGCAGCUGCAUUCAAUGAUCUUUCUAAUAAACUUCUUCGAGAGUAUCGUGCUGAUGACACAAGGAGGGUGAAGGAAAUCACUGACCAAAUGAACACUUGUUGGGUUAAUCUGAACCAAAGAGCUGUUGAUCGGCAGAAUUGCUUGGAGAUAGAACUGAAGACAGUACAGGCCUCACACAAGGAUCUGGAGAGCUUCCUCAAGUGGCUUCAAGAGGCAGAGACAACAGUUAAUGUUCUAGCAGAUGCAUCCCAGCGUGAGAACACUGCUCAGGACAGUGCCUGUGUAAGGGAACUCAGAAAGCAAAUGCAGGACAUCCAAGCGGAGAUUGAUGCCCACAAUGACAUCUUUAAAAGCAUUGAUGGAAACAGACAGAAGAUGGUGAAAGCCUUGGGAAACUCUGAGGAAGCUGCACUGCUCCAGCACCGGCUUGAUGACAUGAACCAGCGCUGGAAUGACCUGAAGGCGAAGUCGGCUAACAUCAGGGCUCACUUGGAGGCCAGUGCAGAGAAAUGGAACAGAUUGCUGACAUCCCUGGAAGAGUUAAUCAAAUGGCUGAAUGCGAAAGAUGAAGAACUAAAAAAGCAGAUGCCUAUUGGAGGGGAUGUUCCAACCUUACAGCAACAGUAUGACCACUGCAAAGCACUGAGGCGUGAACUGAAGGAUAAAGAGCAAACCAUUCUCAAUGCUGUGGACCAGGCACGAGUUUUCCUUGCUGACCAACCAAUUGAGGGGCCUGAGGAACCAAGAAGGAGCUUGCAUUCAAAAACAGAGUUGACCCCUGAGGAGAAAGCCAUGAAGAUUGCCAAAGCUAUGCGUAAGCAGUCAUUAGAGGUAAAAGAGAAAUGGGAGAACCUAAAUGCCAGUGUCAGUAUCUGGCAGAAGCAAGUGGACAAAGCGUUAGAAAAACUGAAAGAUUUGCAGUGUGCCAUGGAUGACCUCGAUGCUGACUUGAAGGAGGCUGAAAACGUGAGGAAUGCCUGGAAACCUGUGGGAGACUUGCUCAUAGAUUCUUUACCAGAUCACAUUGAGAAAACUACAGCUUUUAGAGAAGAAAUUGCUCCCAUCAACUUGAAAGUUAAAACAGUGAACGAUUUGUCCAGUCAGCUGUCUCCACUUGACCUUUAUCCGUCAUUAAAGAUGUCUCGUCAACUGGAUGAUCUUAAUAUGCGGUGGAAACUUUUACAGAUGUCUGUAGAGGAUCGCAUUAAACAGUUACAAGAGGCACACCGAGAUUUUGGGCCUGCAUCACAGCACUUUCUUUCCACCUCAGUACAGUUUCCAUGGCAGAGGUCUGUUUCACAUAACAAAGUGCCCUAUUAUAUCAAUCAUGAGACCCAGACAACCUGUUGGGAUCAUCCUAAAAUGACUGAUCUUUUCCAGUCCUUAGCUGACUUGAACAACGUGCGCUUCUCUGCCUACCGUACGGCCAUCAAAAUACGAAGGCUGCAGAAAGCACUGUGCUUGGACCUGUUGGACCUGAACACAACAAGUGACGUUUUCAGACAGCACAAGCUGAGUCAAAAUGACCAGCUGAUUGGUGUCCAGGAUGUGAUCAGCUGUCUCGCUACCAUCUACAGUGGACUUGAAGAGAAACACAAAGAUAUGGUGAAUGUUCCCCUCUGUGUAGACAUGUGUCUUAACUGGCUACUCAAUGUAUAUGAUAGUGGCCGAACUGGAAAAAUUCGAGUGCAGUCCCUGAAAAUUGGCUUGAUGUCUCUUUCUAAGGGCCUUCUGGAAGAGAAGUACAGAUAUCUCUUCAAGGAGGUGGCGGGCCCCACAGAAAUGUGUGACCAGAGGCAGCUGGGCCUGCUGCUUCACGACGCUAUCCAGAUCCCACGGCAGCUUGGGGAAGUGGCAGCCUUUGGUGGCAGCAACAUUGAACCCAGUGUGCGCAGCUGCUUCCAACAGAACCACAAUAAGCCAGAAAUAACUGUAAAGCAAUUUAUAGAUUGGAUGCGCUUAGAGCCGCAGUCUAUGGUAUGGCUACCAGUUCUACACCGUGUGGCAGCUGCAGAAACGGCAAAACAUCAGGCCAAGUGCAACAUCUGUAAAGAGUGUCCAAUUGUUGGCUUUAGGUACCGGAGCUUAAAACAUUUCAACUAUGACGUCUGUCAGAGCUGUUUCUUUUCUGGCCGUACAGCAAAGGGCCAUAAAUUGCAUUACCCAAUGGUGGAGUACUGUAUACCUACAACAUCUGGCGAAGAUGUACGGGAUUUCACAAAGGUGCUGAAGAAUAAGUUCCGGUCAAAGAAGUAUUUUGCAAAGCAUCCUCGACUUGGCUACCUACCUGUUCAAACAGUAUUAGAGGGUGACAACCUGGAGACUCCUAUCACUCUCAUCAGUAUGUGGCCAGAGCAAUAUGAUCCUUCCCAGUCUCCACAGCUGUUUCAUGAUGACACACACUCCAGGAUAGAGCAGUAUGCUACUAGGCUCGCGCAGAUGGAAAGGACCAAUGGCUCCUUCCUCACAGACAGCAGCUCCACCACAGGAAGCGUAGAGGAUGAGCACGCCCUUAUCCAGCAGUAUUGUCAGACGCUGGGAGGAGAGUCGCCUGCGAGUCAGCCACAGAGUCCUGCUCAGAUACUCAAGUCCGUGGAAAAGGAAGAGCGAGGAGAGUUGGAGCGCAUCAUUGCUGACCUUGAGGAAGAGCAAAGGAGUCUGCAGCUAGAAUACGAGCAACUAAAGGAGCAACAUCUUCGGAGAGGAAUAAACCCUCUUGCAUCACCUCCUGACUCCAUUGUGUCACCUCAGCAUACUUCUGAAGAUGCUGAGCUCAUUGCUGAAGCUAAACUCCUGAGGCAACAUAAAGGUCGCCUGGAAGCAAGGAUGCAAAUCUUGGAAGAUCACAAUAAACAAUUGGAGUCUCAGCUUCACCGGCUACGGCAGCUACUUGAGCAGCCAGAGUCAGACUCCCGGGUUAAUGGCGCCUCCCCCUGUGCUUCACCCCAGCACUCUGCCCUUGGCUACCUGCUUGAGCAAGAGACAAGCUCGCAGUUUCAUCAGACAGAUGACUUCUUAGUUCCACCUCACGAUACCAACACAGAUCUAACAGAUGUUAUGGAGCAAAUCAACAGUACAUUUCCAGCUUGCUGCUCAAGUUUCACUGGCAGACCACAGGCAAUGUGAAGUGUUCAUUUGGACGCCGACCAGUGCAUCCUGACGUGCAGUACAGCCCUUUUCUACAAACCACCGAUCGUGAGUUCCACUUCAUCAGAAGGCUGCAUGGGACCCUGUUCGCUCUGACUGCGUGUUCUACUUGAAAUAGUAAAACACUGAAUACCCAAAGAUGAGGAUGUUUUUAUAGUAUUGGGUUUUUUUCUUCUUCUUCCCUUUCUAUGCAACUGUAAAUUAAUGAGCAGUGGAGUAUUUGUCACUGAUUUGUAUAAAUAUACAGCCGCGGGAAAAGGGGCAGGGGCUUUAUAUACAUUCUUUUUGAUAAUCGUAAAGAGAACUGCAUAAGGAGUUUGGAGCAAAAUGUUACAUUUAUACAUUCCUUUCGGCUCUUUGCUUUACAUUGUAAAAUACCCUUAGUUAUAUUCUCACACAUUUAAUAUUCUGUACUGAUUAUUUAUAUGCUAACCAUCUGACCACACAGAUAUCAGAUUACCCUUGAAUUGUU